AUGGCAUUGGUGCCCUUGGCGGUAUGCUUCCUAUACUAUCAGCUGAGGCAAUACCGCUUCAAGAAGUAUGCGCACAUUCCCACACCGCUGAAACCCCAACUUCUCCUUGGUCACCUUGGUUAUAUGGCCAAAGCCUUCCAGAAACGUGGCAAUUCAAAGAUGCAUCCAGACUAUAUUCUUGAGGAUAUCUGGAAUGAAAAUGGACGACCUGACUUCAUGCAUUUUGACUUCAGGCCAGUGCAACACCCCAUACUGCUCGUCACUAGCCACGAAGUCGCGGAGCAGUUGACAAGGACCACAAAGUCGCAUCCGUACGGCACCCGCAAGUCGCCAACUAUACAAUCGCAAUACAGCGCACUGAUAGGGAAGAAGUCCAUAUUGACUGAAGAAGGCGAGAGCUGGAAAGCGCUGCGCAAGCUCUUCAACGCAGGCUUCGCACCUCAGCAUAUCGUUACUUUGCUUCCUGUCUUAAUUGAUAAGACAAAUAUCUUCAUCGAAAACCUAGACGCCAUUGCACGGCUAGGCGCUGUCACAGAGCUAGACAGCUAUUGUGUCAAUCUCACCUUCGACAUCAUUUGCCAAGUUAUUACGAACGUCAACGUCCACGCCCAAGAGGAAGGUCUCGCACAUGACCUGAUAGUCAAUUUUCGCCUCCUUCUAGACACCUACAUCUCAGGCAGGGGGCUGGGAAUUACGGCGUGGAACCCAUACAUACAAUUCAUGCGGUACUAUUACAGUCGCCGAAUGGACGUCGCGCUGUUCAAGAUCAUCCAGGAGAAGUUUGACGCCGUUCAACAGUCUCGCCGUACUGAAGAUAAAACUACCAAAGAUCGGUCUGUUCUCGCACUUGCACUGAAAGACGUGGAAGUCCUCACUCCCGAUGCCAGCCAGCUCAUUGCCGAUCAAUGCAAGACAUUCCUCUUCGCUGGGCACGACACAACGUCUAUCCUGCUCCAACGCCUCUUCUACGCCUUAUCGAUCGAUCCGCCUCGCCUUGCGAAGCUCCGUCAAGAACACGACUCCAUCUUCGGAUCCGAUGACCCGCGUACCGUCUUCCUCGCCAGACCUGACGAGACCAUUCAAGAACUUAGCUACACCAGCGCCUGCAUCAAGGAAGCACUGCGACUCUGGCCGCCCGCAGCAACAGCGCGUAUGACCCACGAGAACUUCAAAAUCCGCACAAAGGAAGGAGAAGAUGUGCUGGUGGACAACUGCGUGCUCUAUCCCAUUCAGCACCUCAUCCACCGUGAUCCCAAUGUCUACGGACCGACUGCAAAUGAAUUCAUGCCUGAGCGAUGGACAGGCGAUAGUGAUACAAGUACCGCUACAAACGUCAAUGUGAGUGGAACGGCUAUGUCUACAGGAAAGAUACCUGCGAGUGCGUGGAGACCAUUCGAGCGCGGGCCGAGGCAGUGCAUUGGUCAGGAACUCGCCAAUUUGGAGGCUAGGGUGAUUCUGGCAUGUGUGAUGCGAAGGUACGACUUUGUUAAGGUCGGUGUUGGAGAGGUUGCGACAGAUGGGAAGGGCGAACCAGUUGUGGAUGAGAGUGGCAGGUACAAGACGAAGUCCGAGUUGAUCAGUACCAUGAGUGUCACAAGUAAGCCGAUCGACAAGACGCGGAUGAUUGUCAAGUUAAGGCAGAUCUGA